AUGGACACAGCGUACGAUCGCAUACAAGAGGAGGCCCUUCCCGCCGAAGCGGAGGUUGCAAGCAGCUCGGCCGAACCCAACAAUCUAAACCAUGACCUGCAAGAAGCCUUCAAGGCCGUGUCGACAUCGCCAUGGGGCACUGCACUGGGCGGGUGGUUUGGCCAAGUGAAAAAACAGGGCGAGAAUCUAUAUCACGAUCUCCAGAAGGAGGCUUCCGAUGCGUCGGAACAGGCGACCAAGAGUUUCACCGCGCUUCGCGAGCAGGUCGUCAGCAGCACAGGAGCACUUUCUCUGGCCUCCGCGCCAAGAGAGGGGGAGUCAACGGAGCGCGACGCGGCUGCUGCUGCUACCGAUGCUGAAGGUGACGCCACUUCCACACGACCAUUGUCCGCAGAAAUCGUCAGAGAAGCGGGCUCGUUGGUAGCAACACUCCGGGCCACAGCCACAGCAAGAUUGAAAGACCUCCGAUCGGCCGAAGACGCUGCCGAUGAUGCGCUGAUGAAGUUUGGUCUCAAUGUGCGGGACUUUCUCCGAGAGGCGGUCAAAAUCACAGGUCCAGACGAGGCCGAUGGCCGGGACGGAAAUGGAUAUAGUAGUGAAGUGCUAUUUGAGACGUAUGACGGAAGUGGCAAGAAGAUCUUCCAUUCAACUCGUCUGGACGCUCAGCUCCACGCGAUACACUCGUCCAAAUCAAGCUUUACUGUGGAUCCUUCGGGACCCGAAUGGAAGGCAUGGGAAGCGGCAUUCAACAUCACAGAUCGUACCGAGGGCAUCGCUCAAGACUUGGAGAAAUAUGAGGAGUUGAGACGAACCUUUGAAUGGGCAGUACCCGAACGUGCAGACUACAAGAACUUUUGGAUGCGCUAUUAUUUCCUCCGCAAGGCCGUCGAUGAGGAAGAGCGCCGGCGCAAGGAGGUCCUGAAGGGUGCUGAUGCUGAAGAAGAAGUCGGCUGGGGCGACGAUGACGAUGACGAGCAAGAUUCUGCGUCCGGCUUCAAGCCCACUCAACAAACAUCCGAAUCGACCACGACGCUGAAUGCUCCAGCUACCAGCACAUCCGCCUCCGACCUUUUGAAGCCACACGAAUCGAGGCGCAGCGAGGACGAGAAGCGAAGUGUAGCUGACUCAGAUGCUAGCUAUGAUAUGAUGCUGGCGUCCAGCACCGCCAGCCACGCUACCGGCAGCCCUCAAGUCGCAGCGAGCAAGAAGGCUGCAGGAAAAGAGGAUGAUGACGAAGAAGACGACGACUGGGAGUGA